AAGGAUGAAGUAAGAUGUAUAGAAGAACAGACCAGAGAACAAUCUCAAUGUGAAAAGUGGUUCAAGGAAAGGGAAAAAAGAAUAACAGCUUCAAACUUUCACAGAAUUGUCAAAAGAAAAGCUGCAAUUACUGACAAGUUCAUUCUUUCCAUAAUGAAGCCAAAGCCUUUCACUAGUAAAGCAACAUCCUAUGGAAGAAACAAUGAACUUAAAGCAAGAAACUUAUAUGUUCAAACUGCUGGCCAUCAUGUUCAUGAUUGUGGGUUUGUAGUUAACCCUAGGUACCCUUUUAUUGGUGCUACUCCAGAUGCCAAAAUAUGUGACAAUGGUGUAACUGGAAUUAUGGAGAUUAAAUGUCCAUUUAGCCAAAGAGAUAAUUUAAUAACUGAUGCAAUGCAGGGUGCAGACUUUUGUUUGGAGUUGUCUGAAAAUGGACCUAGAUUAAAAAGCAAUCAUGAUUAUUUUAUUCAGGUACAAGGUCAAUUACUUGUAACAGGUUCACAAUUUUGUGAUUUUGUAGUAUAUACAAAGAAGGACAUCCAUAUUGAAAGAAUUUAUCCAGACAAAGCUGUAAUGCAGGACAUUCUUAAUAAACUUGCAGACUUUUAUUUUGAUCAUGUACUUAUCUAA